AUGACAAACGAUCAGGCUCCGCCUCACAUCUAUCUGCAGUCCGAGCGCAAUAAUUCAACGGUGACCCCGAACCUAGACAAUUUCAGCUCGUCAUCAAUAGGUGGAGGUAUAAGUGGUCUCGCACUCGGCGUCGCCAAUAGUAACAACCGACAAAGCGGAAUUGACGCCAUGGAGCACGACGGAUACACAGGCCCUGCUGAACGAGCAUACAACACCACAGGUGCCGAGAAUCCUUACGUGCCACCGCCAGUCUACGAGAGCUCGCAGUACGGCUCAAAUAUGGCUCUCGACGCUGCAGCUGCCGCGCCGGGUAGGCUAACGCCAGGCCUGUCUUCAUCGCAUCUAAGUGAUACUUCCCAGAAUCACAGUCCUUAUAAUGGUGUCUCCGACGGCCCAUAUCAAAGACAAUCGCAUUAUAAUUCUGAAACGAUGGAUAUUAUUAACCCAGAUGAGAUUGUUGAUGACGGCGAGGAUGAGUUUACUCCUGGAGGUAAAUCAGUUCAGGCUGGUGCUGCUGUAGCGGGCGGCGCUGCAGCGGGUGGGUUCUUCAGUAAACUCUUCGGCAAAAGCAAUCAGGCCAAUCCAUCCUAUGGACUAGUGCCUGGUGCCGGUUUAGAACGCGGUGGUAUGAGUGAGAAGGCGAAAACAGGAAUGGCCGGACGGAAAAAGCGCGCCUUGAUCGUCGGUGGUGUCUUGGGUUUUAUCAUUCUUGGUGCUAUUGUUGGUGGCGCUGUGGGCGGCACAAUUGGCAACAAGCAUAAUAACAAGGAUGGUGAUACAUCAUCAUCUUCUAGUGGCUCGAGCAGCGACGACGAUGACACAGAUCUAGGCAAAGAUUCUUCCGAGAUCAAGGCCCUGAUGAACAACGACGCUCUUCACAAGGUCUUCCCCGGUAUCGACUAUACACCUUGGGGCGUCCAGUACCCGCUGUGCCUGAAGUAUCCGCCGUCGCAGAAUAACGUUACCCGUGACAUUGCCGUGCUCUCACAAUUGACCAACACCGUCCGUUUGUACGGAACGGAUUGCAACCAAACCGAGAUGACACUGCAUGCGAUUGACCGACUCGGAUUGACCGAUAUGAAACUCUGGCUUGGAGUGUGGAUAGACACUAACACCACCACCACGGAUCGCCAAUUGAAGCAGCUGUACGACAUCAUCGACAAGACAAAUGAUACUUCGAUCUACAAGGGUGUGAUUGUCGGUAACGAGGCGCUAUACCGAGCCGGUUCCACCAAGUCGAGCGCCGAGACCAACUUGAUCAAUUAUAUCAAUGGUGUACGGACUCAGCUUAAGAAGCGCAAUCUCAGUGAUUUGCUCGUUGCUACUUCCGAUCUGGGUGAUAAUUGGAAUGCCAAACUAACUGAUGCCGUCGACGUUGUCAUGUCUAAUGUGCAUCCCUUCUUCGCUGGUGUCAGUGUUGACGUUGCCGCCGGUUGGACCUGGGACUUUUGGCAGUCGCAUGAUGUGAAUUUAACCGAGGGUACGAACAAGAAGCAGGUAAUCUCUGAGGUUGGAUGGCCUAGUGAUGGUGGUAAAGAUUGCGGUGGCAGCUCCGUCUGUGACUCGAGUACUCCAGGCUCCGUUGCGAGCAUCGAAAACCAGAAUAAGUUCAUGGCCGAUUGGAUCUGCCAGGCCUUGGAGAACGGCACCGAUUACUUCUGGUUUGAGGCCUUUGACGAGCCAUGGAAAGUUGAAUUCAACACAGAAGACGAAGCCUGGGAAGACAAAUGGGGUCUAAUGGACCCUGGUCGCGUUCUAAAGAAGGGUCUCACAAUCCCUGACUGUGGCGGCAAGACUGCCACCUAA